GGGAACCAAUAUGUCUGCUGUCAGGGCCACUCGGCACUACAAUCAGGGCGCGCUCUCUCAUUGGUGGGCGGGCCGGCCCUCCAGCACCCUCAGCAAGUGCACCAGUCGGGCGAGAAAUAGAUUCAGCGGUAUACAUCACCGCCAUUAGGAGCACUGUCAAUUCCAGGACAGCGGGACCCCGUGGCCGAGUCAGAAUUUCAAUUUUUAGCCCGUGAGCGUCAGUCUUUGGUGACAGAGGACAAAAAGUGGAGGUUGAGAGCCAGCAUGGCGGAGGCGCUGGUCGGGUCGGCGGCGCCAGUACCUCGCCAGGUCGCCUGUGGUCAGGUCGCUGUCCCCUCGCAGGUCACGCCGCCCUACGCCGAGUUCUUUACCUCGCUGCCCCAGAGCCACACGCCCCCCGCGCCUUACGCCCACACCUACCCCCACCACGCCCAGCAACAGCAGCAGCAGCAGCAGGCAGUGAGAGGGGAGCUGAGCAGCACGAGCCCCCCGCUGAGCGGCGGCACCUGCCUCACGCACCUGGGCCAGGUAGUGAGCCAGGUGGUGAGCGCCCCGCCAGUGCAGGUGGGGGACUACGGCCCGCCCUUCACCGGCGGCGUCGCGGGCCAGGCAGGCGGGGGCGCCGUGAGCACCAGCGGCUCCACCACCGCCAGCACCACCAUCACCAGCAGAGCAAACGGCGUCAGUAGGCAGAACAGCAUGCAGCAGCAGCAGCAGACCUACUGCGAGGAGGAAGAGCUGCCUUCGUGUGCCUUCGCCCACCCGCACCUACACGGCCUGCCCUUCCUCGUGCACGGUGAGGAGGGCGAGGAAGAGUACUACCCGACAGGCUCCCCUUACCGUGUUCAGCGCCACGCAGCCAACAUAAGAGAGAGGAAGAGGAUGCUCAGUAUCAACUCAGCCUUCGAGGAACUGAGGACUCACGUACCAACCUUCCCCUACGAGAAGAGACUGAGCAAGAUAGACACACUUCGCCUCGCCAUCGCCUACAUCGCCUUACUGAGAGAACUGCUUAUCUCUGACCACGAUCCCGUCACUUACAUAGAGAAGGGACUACGGGGGGAGCUGCCGUCAGACCAGUGUCACAUCUGGAACACUAGUGAUCUCACCGCAAGACUCUCCUGGAUCAACUGGGAAAACCUGGGUGUAAGUCCAAGCCGGCGGUCGAUCUUCUCUUCCAUCUCUAUAAGCAACGACGCUCUUAAUAACUGAUCUAUCUGACCGCCGCUGCCGCCACCACGAAGGACGCAGACACGCAGACACAACCAACGCCACUACAAGCCCCAUGACACGCUGCUGAGGGCCUUUGAGAGUGUUGGGAAGAGAGCCUCGUGAUGGAGUGACACAAAAACACGAGGGGAACUGCAAGACAUGUGGCAGUUUAUCGUAUUUAAGUAAAUGAGUAAGAAAAGUAUUUCCAUCUAGAUACGUUAGAGAAGUGGUGGGAUGCAUAAGGAAGAAUAUCGUGAAGGAAAUCAAUAGAACACCAAGGAAGCAACAAGAAGAUACGUGGCAAGUCCCAUUCCUCACCUCCACAAGACAGGUUGAAGAAGAGUUGGAAUAACUACGUAGAAGAAGAGUUAAGAGACAUGAAAGGUUUGAGGGCGUUGGGAAAAAAGAGCCCCGUGAUGUAGCAUAACGUAAAAACACAAGGAAAGUUGUAUGAAGAAAAAUAAUUUAUUGUAAACCACAGCUAUAGACGAAACAGGUUGGAAAGAUGCAGUUCACAAUAAAAAAAAUAGCGAAUUAAGCGAUGAAAAAGUGCGACUGAAAAAGAGAUAGAAGGCAGAGGAUAUGAAGAGUAAAAAUCAGAAAGGAAUUAUGAACAAGAGAUAAGAUGUAGAUAAAGACAGAUGGAUGAAGAGAUAACAAGUCUGAUUUUAGUGAUGUGUGUCAGAAUAACCGAAGAUCAGUAAAUAUAGAUAAACGAAGGAAAAAUGUAAAAGAUAAAGAUGUGUGGAUGAAAAGAUAACAAGCUUGACUUUAGCGAAGAACGAGUCUACAGGAACAUGGAGAGAUAUAAGAAAGAUAAAAAGAUAAAAAGAUAACGAAUCUAAGUUAGUAUUGCUUGUUUCUAAAUCCAAAUACAUAAAAAAAUCCCUUAUUUAAAUCAUGGUUACUUGUAUUUCUUCAGGAGUACUUUGAGAGUGCCAAGAGAGUGUUGCAGUGUUGCCCGGUGUUCCUCGUGCCCCGAAGGACGUCUAGUCGUUACAGUAAGGUAGAUGUUCAUAGUAGUGAUGUGUUUUCGUGUGAUCACCUUCAGUCUACUUACAGGUGAUGUGAUGGCGAGGACAGUGUGGUCUGCCUCUAAAAUAUGUAUGGCCUUUAGGAGUGUUUAGAAGAAUGAGUUAUCCUGGAGUUUGUGAGGGCAGUGAAUUCAUUGGUUGUAUAUAAUAAGUGAGUGUUUUAAUUAGUGGCAAAAAUUGUGAAUAUUUUAAAGUUAUUUCAUUAACUAAAGAGUGAAGGAAAAAACGGAGGAUAUUUUAAAUGUUGUUUAAUGAUUUAAUUGAAGAGUGCCAAAAACUUAAAAAAUUUGAGGUGAAAGUUCAAAGUGCCAAAAGACGGAAAACAUCUCAAGCGCUACUUCAUGGUUUAAAGAGCACCAGAAACUGUAUGAAAAAAAGUGCGUCCUAAGUUAUUUGAAAGGAAUUUUGAACUUCAUUUGAUGGUUUGCAAAAGAAAAAAAAAUGACAGUUACAAUUUUCAGAGUUAUGUAAAAACGUCAUGGGUACCAAAAGCGGUGAAAUGUUUCUUGAAGACUGAAUUGCAGGAAGGAAAUAAUAAAAUAAAAAGAAAAUGAAAUUGAAGUGAGAAAUAUAAAUGGCUCUUUGUAUAAGUUACAGCAAAUAAGCGAUUAGUAGUUAUACCAGAAAAUGAAUCAUAAGUGUAGAGAAAACAAAAGAGUACAAAGAAAACAUAAGUAUGAGGACUUGGUGAUGUCUGAAUGAAAACAACGGUGUGAAUACUUGUUAUCAAGAAGACGGCAUACACAAUUAUAGCUGAACAGAAUCAAAGGCAUAUCGAGAAGAAAAUGUUAGGAGACUAUAAAGAUUUCUGGAUUAAUCACACCUUUCUUUUCAAGUAAGAGAGGAUUCAGCCGUGGAAACAAAACUUAUAGAAAAUAGACCUACAGAAGAGGCCAGACUUUAAGGAAACAGCCCCAAACCAAGUCUAAAAUUGAAUAAUGAAGUGUCUUGAAACCUUAACGAGAGACAUUACGAUAAAACUAGCCUAUAAAUGCGUAAACGAGAAAUGUUACGUGCGGUAAACAUUUAUAAAUGGUAAUCAUUCAUAUUUAGCUGGUGAAAAUUUAUAAAUACCAAAGAUUUAUGAGCGACAAAUAUUUGAGACAAUCAUUCACGAGUGCCAAAGAUUCGUAAGAAUGAAAAUUAAUGUGGCAAAAAUCCAAUAAAGCUAAAAUAACAAUCAGUGUCAAAAAUCAAUGAAUGCCAAAAUUCAAGGUGAAAAGCCGCAAAUGCCAAGAAAAUUAAUUUGAGUGCCAAAUAUCAAUAAGCGGAUUCAUGAAUGCUAAAAGUUGCGUAAGUCUCAAAGUUGAUGAUUAAUAAUCUGCAAUUGCUAGAUAUUCAUUAUGCUGAAAAACUGACUGCACAAAAUCGAUUAGAGUAGCAAUUAAUGCCUAACUGAAAUCAAAUUAACAAAAAUGCGAGUGUCAAAUAUUAAUGAGUCAGAAAAAAAUUAUUAGUUUAAAUUCGACUGCAGGAAAUUCACAAGUGGCUAGAAAUUAAAUAGUCAUAAUUUUAACUGCCAAAAAUUCAUGUGCCCCCCAAAAAAUUGCGUAUCAAAAUUACUGACAGUGAUAAUUGAUGACUGACCAAAAAAAGAAACAAGUAAAAAUCCGUCAAAAAGUAACAAAUGUAAAAAUGAAAGGGGAAUCAUUCAUAAGUGCCUAAAAAAUACAAGAAGUGCCAAAAACUGAACAUCAAAAAUAAAAGACAACAAAAAAUAACCACAAAAAAAAAAAGAAAAUGAAUGAAAAGAAAUGAUAAUAACAUCACCACUUGUAAACAUAAGUGAGCCAAAAAUCAAAGACAGUAAAAUGAACGACCCCAAAAUAAACCGGUCCCCAAAAAAAUCAAAUACUGAAAUAAAACAAGAGAAAAGAGAAAAAAAUAAGAUCACGCGUCUAUGAAAAAAAAAGACGACAAAAUUAAAGACAAAAAUAUUUCAUGACUACAAUUAAUAACCCAAUAAACAAACUCAAAUACAAAAAGAAAACAAAAGAAAGAGUGGAAAAAUAAACAUCACGCGUCUGUAAACAAAACACAGGUGAAACUAAAUAAAGACAACAACAUUUCAUGACUGCAAAAAAAAAAAACAAAUAAAUAAAUAAACCAAUAAAUAAACUCAAAGACCAAAAGAAAACAACAGAAAAGAGAGAAAAAAAAUAUCAUCCCUUUGUAAAUAAACAUACGUGAAACUAAAGAAAAAAAAAAUCAUGACAACACAAAACAAACCAAUAGAAAUAACUCAAGUAACAAAGGAAGAAAGAAAAGGAGAAAAAAUCGCAUCACUUUGUAAAUAAACUUAGGCCUAAUAGUAGUACCUCUCACUGGCCUGGGCUGUAUAUACCCUCGCUGUGUCUCUGGCUUCCCGUGUGGUUCCAGAACUCCUCUAUACUCGUGUUUCUAGUCAUACAGAAUCCCUCAAAGCCAAAGAGAAAAGUAUAGUCAAUAAGUGUGAGUUAGAAAGAGUGUGCGCUGUGUGUAUUAGCAAGUGUAUAUGAGUGAGUGUAGGAAAUUUGUGUAAUGUCGAAAUAUUGGUGUAAAUAAGAAAGGAAGUGUAGAAAAUGAGUAUAUUAAUGGAAGAAUUAAGGUGUAAAUGGUGAAAUAUAGUAAAUGAGUGCUUUAGUGAAAUGUCAACGUGUAAAUGAGUAAGUGUAGAAAAUUUGUGUACCAUUGAAACAUUGGUGUAAAUAAGAAAGGAAGUGUAAAAAGUGAGUAUAUUGAUGGAGAAAUUAAGGUGUAAAUGAUGAAAUGAAGUGUAGUAAAUGAGUGCUUUAGUAAAAUGUUAACGUGUAAAUGAAUGAGUGUAGGAAAUUUGUGUACCAUUGAAACAUUGGUGUAAAUAAAAAAAAAAUGAAUAAGUAAAUAUAUUGAUGGAAGAAUAAAGGUGUAAAUGAUGAAGUGUAGUAAAUGAAUGCUUUAGUGAAAUGUUAACGUGUAAAUGAAAAAGAGCAUGUCCAUUGAGUGUAGAAGUGAGCAAUGAUUGUGUAAAUGAGACAAGGAAGUGUAGAAAAUGAGUGGUUUAGUGAGAAAAUGAACAAAUAGCAAGGGAAAAUAGAAGACAGUAUUAGUGAAAGAUUAUCAACUGUAAAUGAGAACUGAAGUGUAUUAGUGAAAAUAUGAGCAAAAGUAAAUGAAAGGAAGUUGUGAGUGAGUGAGUGAGUGAAUGAGUGAGUGAGUGGCUGAGUGAGUGAAUGAGUGGUGAGUGAGUGAGUGAGUGAGUGAGUGAGUGAGUGAGUGAGUGAGUGAGUGAGUGAGUGAGUGAGUGAGUGAGCAGUGCGAAUAAGUGAAUAGUGAAGUUAUUUGUUUUAUUUUGUGAUACACGAACUAUUUUCUUUAUCAACUUAUUGUCUGCAUUUUAUUUGUUAUUUCUAGGUACUCAUUAUUUGUUUUAGUCACAUUCCAGUAUUCUUUCGUUCAUUUAUUUUGUUCGAUUUUUUUUUAUUGGCCUCUUCUCUCUUAUCUUAUCUCAAAAUUGGGAUUACUGCAUUGUGAACUGGAUUUUUUGUUAUCCUCAGGCAUAUUCUUCACUCGUUCUAUCUUCCUGUGCCAUGAACUAACAAUAACAAUCAAACGAGUCACGUCUCUAAUGAUUGCGUCAACUAUACCACACCUUUUCUUAUUCUCUACGCUUUAUAACUCUGUAUUAAUAUUUCGGCAUUUAUUUACUAUUGUUCAAGUUUAUGUGUAAUUUUUUUCUAGUUUCGAUUCUACUUCGUUACAACAAAUCAUUCCUUUAAUGUAUAUAUCAACCUUAUGAAUGAAAAUAUUUACUGUAUAUAUUCACACACACACACACACACACACACACACACACACACACACACACACACACACACACACACACACACACACACACACAGACACACACACACACACACACACACACACACACACACACACACUUGUAUAUAGCAGAAAAAAACACACAGACACACGCAAUAUAACACACAAUAUCAAUCACUAUAUAAGUAGACAGGUAGACGUAACUCACACAGGUACCACUAAGGACGUGAAUGAAGGCUGUUACUUCCAUACCUCAUUAGCAGAGUCUGUAUAGCUGUUAGUUGUGUGAGGGAAGGUUAAUGAAAAUGUGUCGUCACUAA